AUGGCAUUUUCUCAAUUUGUUAAACAAGAAUCUUCCAAUAAAAACUACGCAUUUGAAGUUUCAGUUUCUAAAUGCUAUGCAAGGGAAUCAAAAGGAACUCGAACUUAUGAUAUAUCCUAUGGUGAUCUCCAUUUUGAGAAUAAUAAUAUCACAAACAACAAAUGUGGUGAAAAGUCAUCAAUAUCUAGUAGCAAUUCAGGAAGUUCAUGGAUUUGUAAUUUCUCCACAUUUAGAGGAAACAACCAAACAGGAAGUAUGUCACUUUCAUUAUAUAGUUCCUCUAACUCAUUUCUUCAGACGUUUUCGUAUUGCAAUGUUAUAGGAAACAAAUGUGGUGUAGACAAUAAUCAAGUUCUCUUUUGGUGUUGGUAUAGAACUAAUGUCGAUCACAGUAUUUUUCGAAAUAAUACUGCGGUUUACAUUUUUGAGCACGCCGGUGGAAGUGACACAUUGACUAUUUCAAGUUCAUAUGCUGAAGCAAUGCCAACGUUAGGAUCCGUUGAAUUUGCUGAUAAAAAAGAUAAUUUCGAUUUUAAUAAUUUUUCCCAUUUUGAUCUAAGAAAAUGCCCAACAAAUCCCAAGAAAAUCUCGAAAGAACUAUCAAAUCUUACCAAAAUGGCAAAAACUUAUGCAGCAGAGCUCAUUUCGUGA